UAAUUUACAAUCAUAAUAUCAGGACGGACAGACCAAGCUCUGGUAAAUUUAUCAAGGUCUGCAGGACCAUGAUCGGACAGAAGACUAUCAACGCUUUCUUCACACCCGUGGCCAAAAAGAGGUCAUCAUCCGAUGCAUGGGAGAAGGGAGCAGAGGCUUGUAAUGGAGAGACUACACCGGUGAAAAAGACCAAGCUAUCAGAAGAUGAGCAGAUCACUCCGGUAGUUUCUCCCCCAUUAAGUCCAGAACAGGUGGAGCGAAUCCAGAAGAACAAGGCUGCUGCCCUGCAAAAGCUUGCUGCUCGGUAUGUGCCAGAAGGGUUUGGGGAGAGUUGGAGACAAGAACUCAAUACAGAGUUUUCUAAACCUUACUUUAUAAAGUUAUAUGCAUUUGUUGCAGAAGAGAGAAAGCGAUAUACAGUAUAUCCUCCUCCACACCAAGUAUUUACCUGGACACAAAUGAGUGAUAUCAGAGAUGUUAAAGUAGUUAUUUUGGGACAGGAUCCUUACCAUGGACCAGGCCAAGCUCAUGGGUUGUGUUUUAGUGUUCAGAAACCCGUCCCACCUCCACCAAGCUUGGAGAAUAUGUACAAAGAACUGGGAAAGGAUAUAGAGGGUUUCGUUCACCCAAGGCAUGGUGAUCUGACUGGCUGGGCCAAACAAGGAGUUCUCCUCCUAAAUGCUGUGCUAACUGUCCGGGCACAUAAUGCUAACUCUCAUAAGGAUCGUGGCUGGGAGCAAUUUACUGAUGCUGUUGUGUCUUGGCUAAACAAGAACCUGGAUGGCGUGGUCUUCAUGUUGUGGGGAGCCUAUGCCCAGAAGAAAGGCUGCAGUAUUGACAGAAAACGUCACCAUGUUUUACAGACUGUGCACCCUUCACCUCUUUCAGCCCACAGAGGGUUCUUCGGUUGUCGUCAUUUCUCGAAGACAAACUCAUUUCUGCAAGACUUGGGCAAGGAACCUAUUGACUGGAAGGCACUAUGAUGUAUAGGAAACUUACAAACUCACAAUGCUUUCUGUGUGUUAUUUCUUGAAAAAGGGCUGCCCACUUUAAAUGUAGCAAUGUCCACAUCACUUAAAGGGCAGGAUUUCUGUUGUCCCUUGUUGAACAAGUGGGUAAUCAAUGUGUUACAUUAUCAGUUUGUGAUAUCUUCGAAACAUGACCUGUUGGUAGACCUGUGGACAGGUUUGCUCACUCAUUAUGCAGUGUGAGGCUGGUUUGGCAAAAUGCUCACUUAACACUAAAGUUAUUUUUGUGCAUGUAAGAAUGAGUUUUUCUUAUUCUAUUCUGAACUUCGGAUCCUUAGCUUCUUUAAAGUCUAGGUAAAAAUACAGAAAUAUCUUCAAAGUGAAAAUUAUGAAUGGUGGGACAAGCUUUUUCUUAGGGCUGCUUGUGUGGUGUAAAUAAGUUUUUGCAAAGGUGGUGUCUGUUUUUUGCAGACAUUAUAGAUUUAUUUUCUAAUGCAUGUGACCUUGCCAUGUUCUGAUGCACUUCAGACUAGUUGGCUUCAGCAGAAAUUUACUGCAGUGCUACUUUAAACUUCUUCCUGCCCGGACUUAUUUGUCUACAUCAGAACAAAGUUCCAAUGUAAACAAAUAAAUUAAAAAGUGAAAUCAUGCGAUUGGAUGAUUACAAUAAUGAUGUUGUGUGGACGGAGUGCCUAUGUGCUAGGCACAUCGAGCCCGCGAUCCCAGUCAGGAAGUGCCUUUUGGCUUAAGUACAGCCAUAAGGCUAGGAUAUUCUAUGCCGUCCUAAGGGCGUUUAAAGCCCAGUGUGGUUAGAACAGCAUAGAAUGUCCUAAGGGGGGGAAGGGGUUAAAGGGAUAGAGAUUAAAAAUGAAAUGUGCAUUUCAAUUUGAAAUAGAAACAUUUUUUCAGUAUAUUUCCAUUUGCAAAAAUACUUCUAGUAAAAAUUACUGUUUUUCAACAGGAUACACACAUAUCCUGUGAAGACCCAUGCACCAGUAUUUAAGCACUGCACCUUCUCAGACAGCUGGUGGUGGUGUAUAUUGCUUCAUAAAACAUUUCUGUCACGGGUGCCACUGAUGACUCUCAGCAGACAUGGUGUUUGAAUACAGGUGCAUAUGCCUUCACAGGAUAUGUGCAUAUGCUGCAGAGACACAGUAACUUUUACUAGAAUUAUUUUGUCUAAUAGACUUAUAUUGCAUAUUGAAAUCCACCCUUACACAUUUCAUGUUUUACCAUUCUAUCUUUUAACAUAAUAGCAGUUUACCAUGGCACCAGCAAGUUACACCUAUAUGACUCUGCAUGUGCAGCACUUCAUUCAUCUUUGAUUUGGCAUAUACAACCUUUUUAAUAAGCUGUAUAGCCCCCUCCAAAGAGGGUAGACUAGAGAAUGUGUGUACCUUGUUAGUUAAUGCAAAAACUUCAUGUGUAUCUGCAAAACCUACAUCACUUUGUACGACCCCCAAAAAGAAUUGUGACGCAACAAUAUAUUGUCAGCAUAAUCCCAUUGUUGUAAUUGCUAAAUUCAUGGUCCUGUUUAAGAAUUAGUUUUUUCUAAGCUUACAAAAAUAUUUUACCAUUUAAUUACAGUUCUGUAAAUAGCUUGUAUAACUGAAUUAUAUUUUAUGAUGUAAAAACUUAAGUAUGUAUAAAAUGUUGUUUAAUUUCUUAUGUAUGCAGUGCAGUUUUUGUAAUUAAAUAUAAACAAAACCUUUUUUUUUUAUUUAAGAA